AUGUUUAAUAAAGUGUUGCAACGUGCUCUUAAGUUCCGGCUGAAGAAGUCUUAUCCCACGAAUAUUUAUGAUUUAUCUCGUGGGUCGGCUAUAGCGGUGCGUAGACCGUAUAGCGACGAAGUGCGUCGUGCGCAGGCCCAGAGCGUCGCUGCGCCGGGGCCGACAAUCUUCGACAAGAUUAUAUCGAAGGAGAUUAAAGCGGAUAUUAUUUAUGAAGAUGACUUGUGUUUGGCAUUCAAUGAUAUAUCUCCGCAAGCUCCCGUGCACUUCCUCGUGAUACCGAAACGUAGGAUCCCGCGGCUACAGGAUGCGGAGCCAAAUGAUAUGGAAGUGAGUAUAACCUCUGGCUGUAUGAGUAGAUUCCUUUGCCCACAAAUAUGGUUCCAUUCCAAUUCUAUUCUAUUUGAGUUACAAUGUAAGUGGAGGUCAAGUCAUCAGUUUUUAUGCUCUGA